ACUCAGAUCGCAACUUCUACCCUAGCAGUCACACUAAUUAGAUCACUGGACUCUGCCUCACAUUCAGCCAUAAAUUUAUUGAAUUACAAUAAUGCGCUCCCCCUCCAAUUUGACCCUCUGGUCAAGAUUAUGCCACGCUGAGAAAGAGAGAAACUGAUCCGAGCGCGUAGUGACGAUAGCUAGCUAACUUGAACCAAGACUAGGAAGAAGACGACCGGAGCAGGAAUCCCACGUCAGUGUCAUUCACUCCCAGAUUAUUGAGUCCUUUUCUAUUCUGAUGAAACACAGUCUGUAACUAUGCCUGUAACCAAAGAUGAAUAUGGACGUACCAGUGAUGGUGAAGUGAUUGACCAGUAUACCAUCACUAACAAGGGAGGAAUGAAAGCAAAAUUUAUUGACUAUGGUGCUUCACUCAUUGAGCUCUGGGUUCCUGAUCAACAAGGCAAUGCAGUUGAUGUCGUUCUUGGUUGGCCCGAUUUGAAAGGUUAUGAGAAUAAUUCCUUCUACUUUGCAUCUGUUGUUGGAAGGGUAGCUAACCGGAUUGCUAAGGGGUCAUUUAGUAUUGAUGGUGUCAAAUAUCAGCUUAACAUCAACAAUGGUCCAAAUACUAACCAUGGCGGUAUCAAAUCAUUUCAUCUGAAAGUAUGGAAGGGUUGUAUUGAAGGUGAUGACAAGGUGACCUUAACUUAUGUUAGUCCUGAUGGUGAGGAAGGUUUCCCAGGAGAAGUAACUGCUUCAGUAACCUAUCAACUGACGGAUGAUAACAGACUUGUCAUCUCAUUUGUUGCCACAACAACUAAAGCCACUCCUAUCAAUCUCUGUAACCAUUCAUACUUCAACCUAGCGGGCCAUAAAACUGGAAGUAUAAUAGAUCAUCUAAUUCAGAUCAAUGCUGAGAACUAUACACCAUUAGAUGAUACAAGUGUACCAACUGGAGAGAUAGUAGCAGUAAAGGAUACUGUAUUUGAUCUAAGAGAACCAGUAAAGAUUGGUGAUAGGAUCUAUGAUGUACCAGGACUUGGCUUUGAUCAUAACUUCUGUAUUCAGUCAUCAUUAGAAGCACCCUGUGCUAGAGUUAGUCAUCCAGGGAGUGGUCGAUGCAUGGAGAUGUUUACCACUAAACCUGGUAUUCAGUUGUACUCUGCUAAUUACCUAGAUGAUACAUGUAAAGGUAAAGAAGGAUUUACCUAUGCUAAACAUGGCGGUUUCUGCUUAGAAUCACAGUACUAUCCCAAUUCAGUCAACCAGCCUAACUUCUCAAAGAGUGUUCUUCGACCUGGAGAGCAAUACAAUCACACCACUGUCUACAAGUUUGCUUGGUAACAUUUACUUACAGUCGGAGAUUGAUCCAUAAUUUCUUUAAUUAAAUGGUGUUAUGUGAGUUUUUUUUUUACACAAUUGCCCAUUGCAAUUCGUAAAUCUUUGUGUGCUUAAACAUUGGCUGAACAUGCCCAAUUUUUAGGCAGCUGUUCUUAUACUUUUAACACAAUCAUGAUAUUGAACUGUGCAGCAUUCUAAAAUGUUUGUACUUAUUUUCAUUCUAUAGAUAUAGUGCUAAAUAUCUUUAAAAAAAAUUAAAAUGUAUGAUUCAAUUCCAAAGAUAUGUACUGUAAUAUUACAUUGACAUAGUUGUUGCAAAGAUCAGCUGAUGUCUUGACAAGCUUUGUUAUACAGAACUACAUGUAUUUCAGCUCCCCAUGGAAUAAACACUGACUGAAAUGAAAAAAGGAGGGGCAUACAAAAUAAUUGAUAAAUGAAUGGUGAUUGAAUAAUUGUAAAUAUAAAAAUUAAUUUAAAAGUAUUAACAAAAUAAAGUAAAUAUUGAUAUAUGAAGGAAAGAAACCCUGGGUGUAUAGCAAAAACCUAACUGCUUCCUUGAUUCUUUUCAAACAUAUGGACAAGGCAAACUUACUUGGGUAUCUAAAAUUGAUAUUACAUUGUUAAUAUUCUUUAGGCUUCCAGCUUCUUUUUACCUCUUUAUCAAUAUGUUGGGUGUGGUUUAUUUAGAGGUGGGGUAAUCUCUAAAAAGAAUGGAUUUUGAUUAUUAUAUGAAUGAUAUCCCAUACCAUUUACUACCAAUUGUUGUCUUUAUGUUAAUAAUGUAUUAAGUACUCACAUUAUAUUGUCUUACAAUUGUAAUUAAUAUGUGCAGGAAUAUGAAUGAGAUUGUGAUUUCGUAUUAAAACAAUAUAUUUUUCAAUUCUA